GAAUUGAGGGUCAACAAAUGACUUAUUUAGUCGAAUGAAUCAUAGUGAAAUACAGCACGAAGUACACUAUCUGUCAACAUGAAAAGUCAGUUAAACUUUGGUCGCCCGCCCGACGCUCAAUUUCAUUUCAAAUACGAAUUUCCAGCCAACCUCAUCUAUCCGUUGUGUUUUCUCUCACGACAAGUGACGAGACAAAAGGAAUUGAAAGACACACCUUUGGAAGAAAAGUCAAUAAGCACUAAACAACGGCGAAAAGAUUGAUCAAAGGGGCCGCGAGUACAUUAAGCUUCUAACUACUAAGCCAAAGAACAAGUCAGCUYAACAACUUUCAUUCGAUUGGAUGCCAUUUGGUUUGAGUAUAUUGCACGUUAUCGCAUUACACGUUAUCGCAUUGAAGAUCUGAGWUCACACAACAAUGGGAUUAUUCUCUUCGCUCGACACGAAAGCGUUGGUACUGGGUUCUGCCGCCAUUGGUUUGGCCCCCUUUUUUUGCUUUUUCUUCCAGAUUGUCUUUCCCAAACCACAACUCCURAUUGUGUCAAUCUCUGCAGGGUUUUUCUAUUUAUUGGCGGCAUCGGCUGCCUCGCUCUGCUGGUACAUUCUAGAUCCCACAAUUGGCUUGAGUAAUGUUUGGGCAGCUAUCGUUCCCGGGGUAUUCUUUCAAUUUAUCUUCCGAUGUCUGUUUGUGACGACAUAUCACAAAGUGGAAAAUGUGAUUGAAGCGUCAAUCGAAAAAUCGGAGGAAGAGGAACGAGAACACCAGCAACAGGCMGGAAACAAUGAUAGAAGCGAUGAUGAUGAAAACGUCCAGGUUGCCAAGAACAAAUUGUCUCUCAACGAUGCCGCUUGCGGAAUCGCCGCUGGUGUUGGUUUCGGAGGACUUCAUGCUAUUUUGAUGUUCGGGUCGUUGUUGGCCAGUGAAACGUACGAUGCUGGUGUGCUCUACCAGCCAUCUUGUCCCAAGGUUCCUUCGCUCAUGGUAUCCGCUUUGAACACCUUCUGCUUUUUCUUCCUCGAUAUCUUUUGGAUGCUCUUCGCCUUUUUUGGAGUACGCCGACGCGUCUUGUUUCCACGUGGUGGUGGUGCCCUGUCCGACAUAAACCCACUGUCGAGACCCUUUGGACAUUACUUUGGCAAUACUCGUACGGGGGGCAACCAGGCGUUGCUUACCAUCUUGAUCACCCAUUUCUGUGCUGCCGGGUUCACCACUUUCAAUGUCUUUCAAUACGGAUGUAUCUUUUCUCUUACGACGCUUCCCGUGUUGACCAUUGUUGUAGCCUACAUCUUUUGGAGCGGUGUCUCUAAAAUCUACAUGCCGCUGCCCCACUCGAAYGUUCGAUUAAGCCUACCUGCGUCCUACAGUUAUGGAAGUCACGUUGGAGAAAAUGGUUUGGGAGGAGAUGGGCUUGAUACAUUGGAACGGCAUAGAAACGACGAUUGAUGGAGAACGAAAAACAAAAGCAUUCCGUUGUCCGMAACAGGGAUGUUUAGUUGGAAUAGUUAUAUUUCACGUGUAUUCAUAGAAAAAAGGCAGACUAUUGUUAUUGAGUUCUUGUCGCCAAASCAUGUCUUAUUUUAAAAAUUU